AUGUACCUUCCCAAACAACCGGUGAAGGUGAAGGAAAGCCCCUUUGCUGUCCAAAAGUCGCGACGCUUUAUCGCGGCUACUGGCGUAGCCGCUUUCGUCACAACUGCUGUUGCUUCGUAUUUCACACUUGAAAAGGUGCGUGAGAGGCAGCGGAGGCCGGAUGGGGUGUUGCUUCAGCAUAGGAAUGGGAAACGAGUUGUCAUCGUCGGUGCUGGCGCCGCUGGCUGUGCCUUGGCUGCCAGUAUCACAAGUGCGUGUCCGGAUGUUCACGUCACGGUAAUUGAGCGGGAAAAGAAGCAUGUGUUUCACGCUGUGGUUCCUCUUGCCCACGUUGGCCACCGAAGUUACGAUCUAAACACAACAGGCGGUGUCGAUUUCCUUCGCUCCCCAGCCACGUGGAAUGUGACACGUGAGGCCGCCCUCGUCCGUGGUGAGGUGCUACGUGUUGAUACCACUAAAAACGAGGUUGUCGUGCGUGAGGAUCAGGAGGCACUUACCGUAACGGCGAGGGCGGAAACGAGCGAGCAACCGUCGAAGAAUGUGUUAACUUGGCCUAUGGGCCUACCCUCAUGGCUUCUUGGGGCGUCGCUGCCUCCGGUCAAUGAGCAUCGCUACCCGUACGACGUUUUAGUCCUUGCUUGCGGUGCCGCACGGAGUCUCGGACCCCUUCAGAAGUUCCUAACAGGAGAGCAAGUGGAUCGUUACCGUAUUGCUGUGAACCCUGGUAUUACGCGUGACUGCUUGGUGCAUCUCUACAAGGGAACGGUGCUACACGUUAAGGUGCCGCCGACGUCGUUUGCGGAGGGCGCGACUGGGGUUCGUUCAAUUUCGACGAUGCGCUACGUAUCGAGACAACACGAUGGUACGUUUAUCGGUACUGUAAAUACCGUGUGGCGCUACCUCUUCUUCUUCAACAAGCAAAAAUUUUGUCCGUACAUGGCAGUGACUGCGGACCGCGGUCCUAGUGAUGCUCUUCCAAUCGAGGUUAACGAAAGGGUUAUGGACUUCUGGAAGCAACGUAGUGUAAACUUCAUGCCGUGCACGUAUAUCACGCACCUGGACCCCCGUCGCAGCGAAGCCACAUUGUACAACUACCAAACGCAACAAAAACAGGUGGUUAAUUACCAGUUGCUUCUGCUGGACUUACCGCUUGUUGCGCCAGAAUUUAUUCGUAAGAGUGGACUGAGCCGAUCGGAAGCUGCCGAAGGAUUUGCCGAAGUGAAUCCUCACACUUUGCAGCAUGUCAACCACGCGAAUAUAUUUGCUAUCGGCGAUUGUGCGGCAUUGCCCACGGUGAAAAGCUACGGGGCCGUUUUUGCUCAGGUGCCGGUGGUAAGUCACAACGUACAACAACAGCUUUUGCACGGUGCUCAUGGGACGGGUGAGAUGUCAAACGCUGCCGUACGGUCUCGCUUUGCGCGUUACGACGGCUACUCAUCGUUUCAUAUCGUUAUGACAACUUGGCGUGCGAUGUGGCCUGAGAUGACAUACGGUGACUGGAGGGAUAAUUUGAGUUUCCCCACUAUCACAGAUGCUCCUCUUUCGCUGACCAAUAACCACAUUUGGGACAACUUGGCUUGGGCUGACGUCCGCGGGUUUUUGAACGCAGUUUAUUAUCAAUGGUUUUUGUACGAAGUGAUGUUCUAUUUUGUGUUUACGCGCGGUGCAUGGUACCCACCGAAGUGGUUUUCCGUGCCGAGCUUUGGCGAUGAUGGAACUAUGUUGUAA